AUUGGAUUGGGAAAAUGUCCUGAGACAAGUCAAUUGUGAAAUAAUAAGUUUUUCAAAAAACGAUUUAAUUGACGCUUUCGUAUUAAGACUCCGUCACAAAUAGCAGAAUAAAUAUUAAAAACAUUGGAAAAUUCAUGAAAAAAGUUGGAAAAUCCAAAAAUGAUUUUUUCUGUGGAAAGUGUUACUUAGAAAGCAGACCAAGCCGGACAAUUAGAAAAAUCCAAAUGAGUGAAUGACGCAUUUAAUGGAAAAUUGGAAACAACAAAUGUUUAAGCGAACGAGCGAAAGCAGUAUGUUUGUAUCAAAACGAAGAUGGAUACUGAAAACUUGUGGAACAACAACUCCACUUAAAUGCUUAGGUCAAUUGAUAAAGCUUGCCAGUUUAAACGGGUACAAAAUAAUUACAGACCUUUUCUAUUCAAGAAAAAACUUUAUUCGACCGGAGGCUCAGGUGACUCCACAUAAAGGAUUUACGGAGGAAGUUUCUUACCUUGACACACUUUUUCCAAAUGGAAGAUCAUAUUGUUUGGGUUCUAUGAACUUGGAAUGUUGGUAUCUUUAUACCUUUAGUCGUUCUGACAUGAAAUUAUCACCAGGACACAUGAUAAAUGAAGGCGUCGAGUCUGAUCCAGAUCAAACGAUUGAAAUUCUUAUGCAGAAUCUUGAUCAGAACGCUAUGUCGGUCUUUAAUAAAAAAAAUAUUCUAAGCGCAUCUGAUGCGACCUCGAUGUCUGGAAUUGAUAAGAUUUUGCCAAAUAUGCAUAUUGAUGAUUUUCUGUUUGAUCCAUGCGGUUAUUCUAUGAAUGGAAUAAAUGAAAAGGGAGAAUAUAUGACGAUUCACAUUACACCAGAAAAUUUAUUUUCUUAUGUUAGCUUUGAAACUAACGUGGCAAUGACUAACUACAGGAACCUUAUAAAUCAAGUUAUCAAUACAUUUAAACCGGGAAAAUUUAUCGUUACAAUUUUUGCGAACAAGUGUUCUUUGGCUUAUGAGACAAUGAAGGAGUUGGAAGUUGAAUAUUCUAAAGAGUCGCAUUGGAAACGAACGGACAUGCAAUGCUGUAAUUUUCCUUCAUACAAUCUGCUCUUUGCUCAAUAUUCUUAUAAUGGAAAAAAUAAUUGUAGUAUAUGAAAUAAUGCUCAAUGAAUACAACAUACAUAUAAAUAUAAUAA